CCGCGCGAACCCCACACUCAGUUAACUUCCUUUCUCUUGCAACCACUCGCUCAUAUCACUCUCCGCACCCCCCAACCCACAUAAGACUCCAGUGAACACCAAUCCCACAUUCUCGAUCCUCCCUCUCAUCUCUUCUUCCAGCACUCUGUUUCACUGCCCAGAUGGCUUCGGCUACUUUCGCCGUAGCCAAACCAUCUCUUCAGGGAAAUGGGAAGGGUCUGGCGGAAUUCUCAGGCCUACGCACCUCAUCAGCUUUCCUUCCUUUCGCCAAGAAAACGUCCGAUGACUUUUUCUCAGUCGUUUCUUUCCAGACCUCUGCUGUAAGCUGCCUACUAGUGAUGGGCCCGCCGGGUGCGGUGCAGGGAGUUAGCAGCAGCGGGGGAUACAGGAAAAGUGCAGCGGAGGCCAAACUGAAAGUAGCGAUAAAUGGGUUCGGUAGGAUCGGGAGGAACUUCUUGAGAUGCUGGCACGGGAGGAAGGACUCGCCAUUGGACGUGAUUGCCAUCAACGACACCGGAGGCGUUAAGCAGGCUUCGCACCUCCUCAAGUACGACUCCACCCUCGGGAUCUUCGACGCUGACGUCAAGCCUGUUGGCGAUAACGGCAUCUCCGUGGACGGCAAGGUCAUCAAGGUCGUCUCAGACCGUAAUCCGGCCAACCUUCCCUGGAAGGAGCUGGAGAUCGACCUGGUGAUAGAAGGCACAGGAGUUUUCGUGGACAGGGAUGGCGCAGGGAAGCACAUCCAAGCGGGGGCCAAGAAGGUGCUCAUCACAGCGCCAGGGAAGGGAGACAUCCCAACCUACGUGGUCGGGGUCAACGCGGACGCUUACAGCCCAGACGAGGAUAUCAUCAGCAACGCCUCCUGCACCACCAACUGCCUGGCUCCUUUCGUCAAGGUGCUCGACCAGAAAUUCGGUAUCAUCAAGGGCACUAUGACCACCACCCACUCCUACACAGGGGACCAGCGCCUCCUCGACGCCAGCCACAGGGACCUCAGGCGAGCCAGGGCUGCUGCCCUCAACAUUGUCCCUACCUCCACCGGAGCCGCCAAGGCUGUCGCCCUCGUCCUGCCCACCCUCAAGGGCAAGCUCAACGGGAUUGCCCUCCGUGUCCCCACCCCUAAUGUCUCCGUCGUUGACCUUGUCGUCCAGGUCUCCAAGAAGACCUUCGCCGAGGAGGUCAACGCCGCCUUCCGCGAGAGCGCCGACAACGAGCUCAACGGCAUCCUUUCUGUUUGCGACGAGCCCCUCGUCUCCGUCGACUUCAGGUGCACCGACGUUUCUUCCACGGUCGACUCUUCCUUGACCAUGGUCAUGGGCGACGACAUGGUCAAGGUCAUUGCUUGGUAUGACAACGAGUGGGGCUACUCCCAACGGGUUGUAGACCUCGCCGACAUCGUUGCCAAUAACUGGAAGUAGAUCCACAUCCAUCCAUCUUUCCUAUCCACUCUAAGCCAUUAAUUCCUCCUUGGUGACCUUGGUAUGCAUGAUGCAUCCAUAGUUAAACAAAACUGUCCUAUAUUAUAUAUAAUAUGAGACUAGCUUUGAUCAUAUUUCAUUCAGAUUGCCCCUUUUUACUUAUUUUCCCUUGAAAAACACCAAGAAAAAAUGUUUGGGCCCCUCCAUGUGUGCCGCCCAUUGCCGUUGGGUUAACUUGAGUGCCUAUUCUAUUUUUGUAUUUAUUAGACCAUCCGCAUCCA